AUGUCUACUCUGGUUGACACCUCUUUGACCGGCCUCAAGGAAAUCACUGCCAAGAUCAUGGCCAUCAUCACCGGCGCUUGGCAGCUUCCUCCGGGCCACAGCCACUUUUCUCUGACAACCCAGGUCAGUACACUCGUGGCUGAUGUGGUCCAGCACUAUGGGAGUGGUCCCUACCUUCUGGGUCUCGUGUGUUCAUGCUCAAGGGAGUUAAUUCGUGUUCGGGGCAUGACUCCUCAGGUCUGGCCCAACUGGCACAGCAUCAGCAAGGUUCUUGCCUGGGAGGAGUUAGGUGAUCACACCUUCGAUCUCCCGGUUGUGGCCAGUCCUUCAAUAGGUCCAAUUCCUGUGGAUCUUCCACCCUCGCCAGGCAUUCUACCAACCCUGCCUCCAAGUCCUGGGAGAAGGGAAAAGGUAAGGCAGUUGUCCCAGGACCUGGAACCAGAAGUGGAAGGGAGUCGGAAGAGGAAGUCUCCAAUGAUUCCGGCACUUCCCUCCCAACCCCCGAAGUCCACUAUGAAGACUCGGAAGCAGGCAAAGACCACCGGCCUUGCCAAAUUCAAGGUGUUUGUUGAGUCGGAAGAUGAGGAGGACUUGGUCACUCAGUGCCGGAGGUCGUCCUCCCCCAGCUCUCCCCAGAUGUUGCAAGGACGUCCAGAUCACCUCAGGUCACCUCAGAGCUCGAAGAAGAAACCCUUCGGGCCUGCUACUGAGGUCAUCGAGCCCCCUCAGGCAACUCCCGAACCUCCGGUAGAGGCGCCCCCAGUCAUCGAUGCAGGUGAUAUACUCAUUCCUGGACCCAACAACCCUUGCCAGGCUUGCCACAAGAUGGAAUGGCCCUGUACAACUCGGUUUGACAAGAGGACCGGCGCCCCGUGCAUGUCCUGCAUCUAUUGCACCACCAAGAAGAUGAAGUGCAUCUCCAUGAGAGGACCAGAUCCAGGGCCCCUUCCAAAGCUCCCUCCAAAGCUCCAGCUGCCUCACAAUCCACUGGCCGGACGCAGAGUCAAUCUUGGGUCUCUUCCGUCAUUCCUGGUCUAUCUCAUGCCCAAACACCAAAGGCGCAAACACUGUGGUCGCAGCAAGACUGUCACUGCUGCCAAGGAACCUACACCUGCACCAGCUCUCCCAUCUUCGACUUCCGGAGUUCCUCAUUCGGCACUCAAUGUGCCAAUGCCGGAUUUGCAUGCCAUGGCAAUGGCGAUUUGGGAGGGUGCAGCUCGAAUCACCGCUCUCGAGGAGUGUGUUCACCCAACAUUUCCACUUCUGGACGCCCAAGGUGAUGCAACAUCAUUUUUGCUUCAUCAACCUGUCCCUCCAGCGAUGUCAACCCCCGCAUCCACACUUCCUCCUUUCAUUGACCUGUCUAUGGAAGGGACAGAGCCAAACCCCCCCAACCUCCAGGAUGAGUCUGCCAUCGACGGACUCAUAUUUGAGCUCAACCAAAUUCAUCCUGAGGUUUCACAGAUGCCCAGCAAAAUUGUGAAACUGGAUGAUCCGAGCAAUCUUUUCCCAGAGUAUGAUUCAGUUGAAGAGAUGGAUGUUCAAGUGAAGGGUGAACCUUCUGGUGAGGAUGUUGACAUGACUACAUAA